GGUGCCCUCUUUGGGGCUCCCGAAUGUAGACACAUCUGAAACAAUGCCCGGGGAGGUGAGGACGAUGUGGGGUUGGGGGCGCCUCAGUUGACAGGCUGUGGAGUUUUUCCUUCCCGUCCUUCCGCGUCCACUGGUGUGCCUGGGGCAGUUUUGGAGGAAGGGCAGACGGUGAGCUCAGCAAGGGCUUUGUGGAGGCUCUGAAGGCGGUUGUGGGGAGCUCCCAUGUGUCCACUGCUGUCGCCGUCCGCGAGCAGCAUGGUCACGACGAGUCCAUGCACAGGUGCCAACCUCCAGACGCCGUGGUGUGGCCCCAGAAUGUGGAGCAGGUCAGCCAGCUGGCCGCCCUGUGCUACAGCCAAGGAGUGCCCAUCAUCCCAUUUGGCACGGGCACUGGGCUUGAGGGUGGAGUCUGUGCGGUGCAGGGCGGUGUCUGCAUCAACCUGACCCACAUGGACAAAAUCCUGGAGCUGAAUCUGGAAGACUUCUCUGUGGUGGUGGAGCCAGGCGUCACCCACAAAGCUCUCAACAUCCGUCUGCGGGACAGCGGCCUCUGGUUUCCUGUGGACCCAGGUGCAGAUGCCUCUCUCUGUGGCAUGGUGGCCACUGGGGCCUCGGGCACCAAUGCCGUGCGCUAUGGCACCAUGCGGGAGAAUGUGCUGAACCUGGAGGUGGUGCUGCCUGGCGGUGAGCUGCUUCAUACCGCAGGCCUAGGCCGUCAUUUCCGGAAGAGCGCAGCUGGCUACAACCUCACAGGGCUCUUUGUGGGCUCUGAGGGGACACUAGGACUCAUCACAGCUGCCACUCUGCGUCUGCAUCCUGCCCCCGAGGCCACUGUGGUCGCCACCUGUGCAUUCCCCAGUGUCCAGGCAGCCGUGGACAGCACUGUUCACAUCCUCCAGGCUGCGGUGCCCGUGGCCCGCAUUGAGUUUCUGGAUGACGUCACGAUGGAUGCCUGCAACAAGCACAGCCAGCUGAACUGCUCCGUGGCGCCCACUCUCUUCCUCGAGUUCCAUGGUUCUGAGCAGGUCCUGGCCGAGCAGCUACAGCGAGCAGAGGAGAUCACCCAGGACAAUGGAGCCUUCCACUUCUCGUCGGCCAAGGAGGCUGAGGAGCGCAGCCGGCUCUGGGCAGCGCGGCACAGUGCCUGGUACGCAGUGCUGGCCCUGCGGCCGGGCUACAAGGGCUAUUCCACCGACGUGUGUGUGCCCAUCUCCCGGCUGCCAGAGAUCCUGGUGCAGACCAAGGAGGACCUGAAGGCCCAGGGACUCACAGGAGCCAUCCUUGGACACGUGGGUGAUGGCAAUUUCCACUGCCUCCUGCUGGUGGACCCAGAGGACCCCGAGGAGCUCCACAGGGUCAAGGCCUUUUCAGAACUGCUGGGCAGGCGGGCACUGGCACUCCAUGGGACAUGUACUGGGGAACAUGGCAUUGGGCUGGGCAAGCGCCAGCUGCUACAGGAGGAGGUAGGUGCCGUGGGCAUGGAGACCAUGCGGCGGCUGAAGGCCAUGCUGGAUCCCCGAGGCCUCAUGAACCCAGGCAAGGUGCUGUGAGGGCCUGAAAGCACUUGGCCCACAAGCCCCCAGACAGUGGAACCUCCUGUUCUGGAACCUUUCUUCUUGCCACAGAACAGUUCCGCCUCUGCCCAGACCUGCAGGGGGCUUGCCUGCCUUCCCCUUGGUCUGAGCCUCGCUGCUGCUGGGGGCCAGCUCCCUUAGCCUGACUCCACGUGCCUGGUGACAGGAACACUCCUUUCCUGGCGUGGGAAGGGAUCCCCCACUCUACGUUGAUAGGCUUCCCUGGGCCCCUAAAGCAAACCAGAGCCCAUUUGCAGCAGUCUGGAGAUGAGCAGGCAGCCCCUAUGCAUGGCCUCCUGUGCCCACCUCCCUCCCACCCCCGUCAGGUUCUCUGUCCUGUGGCCAGUGAUAUCCUCAGCCCUCAUUCUGGGCCUGUCCUUGGACUUACUGCAGCCUGGGGAGGGGAUGGUGCUUAGGCUACAGAAGGUUGCUUUCAAGGACCCAGGUCCCUGUCCCAACUGCUGUUUGUGAGAAGCUGAGAGCCCGAGGAUUUGCCCAUGGUCACCAUGAGCCUGGACCGGGCCCAAGAACAUUCUGAACAUGUUCUUCAAGCGGCUGUUGCCAAUCAAUGGAAAUGGAAGUGAAAUUAUUCUGCUUGUAUUAUACUUCUCUAUGGUGUGAUGUAUUACAUUACUAGCUUCCCCCCACCCCCAAAGUCAGAUCUGCCCACCCUGGGGAUCCCUGGUGAGACCACUCAGUCCGUGUACUUCAGUUGUUCCCAAGCCCACAAGAGGGCGCCCACCACCAUGGCAUCUGCUCUGGGCAGCGGCACCCAGGACUCCCCUGACCAGGGCCUACAGCUCUCUGCCCUGGGUACCCCUACUUCCCCAGGUUGAGGUGGGGGGAGGCUUGGUGUCCCAGAAGCCAAUCUCUAAAUCCCAUCCCAGGAGCCUAUCAUGUGGGCCCAUCUCCAUCACCCCCUUGGACUUGGCCUCUGAAUAAAGAUGAGCAAAGCAG